GUGGUGAUGAAUUUAGCAUCUUGCGAUCACCUCAGUCAGUUAUUUUUCGAGAUGGAAGUUGGCCUUCCUGGCGAGCGGAUCCCAGAUGUAGCUGCAUUAUCCAUGGGCUUUUCUAUUGAAGAUGACCUUUCCUGGCCUGGGCUUGGAGUGGGUGAUCUGUUUCACAGACCACGAGCUACUGUGCUGGUAACAGUGAAGGGAGUAGACAAGCUGGCAUUGCCUGUGAAGAAAAUCUCUUACCCUAUUGAGAAUGCUGUUCCUUUCAGUCUUGACAGUGUUGCAAAUGCUAUCCACACUUUGUUCUCUGAGGAAACUCCUGUGGUCUUGCAGCUGGCCCCCAGUGAGGAGAGAGUGUACAUGGUGGGCAAGGCAAACUCUGUAUUUGAAGAUCUUUCUGUCACACUGCGCCAACUGCGAAACCGCUUAUUCCAGGACAACUCCAUUCUCAGCUCCCUUCCUCUCAACUCCCUCAGUAGAAACAAUGAGGUUGAUUUGCUUUUUCUGUCAGAACUACAAGUCCUACAUGAUAUUGCCAGCCUGCUGUCUCGACACAAGCUUAGCCAAAGAUCAUUCUCCAGACCUCUAUUCCCUGGAACUGGCUGGUUUGGAAGAGGUUGGAAAACAUAUGGGGAAGACUCCCAGCAGUUCAAGGAUGCUUCUGAAAUUCUUGUAGACUCUUUGCAAAAGUUUGCGGACGAGAUGUUUAAUCUGUACAGCGGGAAUGCAGUAGUAGAAGUAGUGGCUGUGAAGGCAUUUAAUUCUCCCCUCAUGAGGAAGUCUCGCUCCAUUCUCCAGUCCUCACAGAGUGAAACAGAAAAUCCAUAUAACCUUGCCUAUCCAUAUAACUACAACUACUCUGUAAUCUUCAACAUUAUUCUGUGGAUGAUGAUAGGUCUUGCUUUAGCUGUGAUAGUUAUCUCCUACAACCUCUGGAACAUGGAUCCUGGGUACGACAGCAUUAUUUAUAGGAUGACAAAUCAGAAGAUAAGAAUGGAUUGAACUACGCUGUAUUUCAGUGCAAUGAAAUGAUGACGACUAAGGUCUCCUUUAAACUGUGUGGAAAAUAAAUGUUCUGACAUGGUUAAUUGUGGAAAAUUUUUUAAAGGUGUAUUUAUUUAUAAGUUGUUUUUUUUCUCCCCUCUCAAGCCUAUUUUAAAUGUUAGUAGUAGCACCAGAUGGGAUUUAGAAAUUGAAAUCUGCUUGUUAAAAAAAAAAAGGGAAAAAAAUCCCCAAACUGUUAUUAAAGUGGCAUCAUUCCAUUUUUUUAAUGAUGUAACCUGAAUUUUUGAAAUGCCCUGUACUCCCUGUGACUAUGUGCAAAAGAGAUAAAUUGAAGUUAUGAUAGCUACAUGGUGUGUGAAACUCUUACACU